AUGAUCACUAUCGAUUACCCGACGGCAGUCGUGGCGUCCACAUCGGAUUGGAGUUCCCCACCGCGUCGACGGUCCAUCUCAACUGUGUGCGGUCCAUCGCACCGAGAGAUUAACCAGUUCUACGCACAGUUCUUUCCGGAAAAGGAAAUUCCGCAAGAAUAUGGUGGAUAUAAUGCGUCGUAUAUGAAUCAUACACCUCAUCACAAUAUGUAUUUCGGGGUGAGUUUUUUAAGCGGAAAUAGAAGUUGUUGGGUAGACCUGGAAUCCAUGCAGUUUACGGUAGACAACACGAAAGUCCACAGUAAUACGUAA